AUGCAGUCCAAGGCGCUCGCUGGUCUUCUUUUUCUUCUCACUCCGGCUCUGGCCAUACCCCAAGCUACGUCCGUGGCUUACUCCGAGUCUUCUAGCUCAUCUGACUCUUCCGACUUUACCGACUCUUCGGACUUUACCGACUCUUCGGAUACUGUCGCGCUUCCUUCGCUACCAGCCGACUUCAUUAGCGUUUUAGAGACCGCUGUCCCGGCUUCUUGGGAAUAUGAGAUGAUGGACCCCGCCUCUGCAGCCGCAGUCAUAAGCGCCGCUGCGGCUGGCACGUACCCAGCCUGGUACAACGACCUGCCAGCAAGCAUCAAAGCUGCUGUCACUGCUCUUGGCGGCUUCGACGCGGAUAUCGUUGGUGAAACUGGUUCAAUGACCACGGCUGCAAGCACUAGCUCAUCCGGACAUGUCACUGAGACUGCUUUGGCUACCACAGUCAGUAGCUCAACUGGCUCAGUCGCCAUGGAAACUCAAGCUUCCACUCAGUCUUCUGCUACCACGAGUGCUGCUUCUAGCCACAAGUCGGCAACCCCUACGUCUGCAAUCCCCACGUCUGCAAUCCCCACGUCUGCAAUCCCUACGUCUGCGAGCUCGACUGGUGGAGCACCCAUCGCUACUGGCGGUGUUGCUCUGGGCGUUGCUGGUGCUGCUGGUCUGCUAGGUCUUGUCCUUGCCCUGUAG